AAUAAAAAAUAAUGAUUUGUACAUACUCAUUUUUUAACUAAACUUUAAGUAAAUAAUUAAUUAUUAAAACUGUUGAUUAAAUUUUAAUAUUUCAAUACCUGACAAUGGAGGAAGAAAAGCUAAAAAAAAGAAAACAACGUGCAAAAAAAGAUGGAAAUAUAAAACAACUAGCAGAGAUAGUUAAAGAGCUUGGAGAUUUAUACUUUGAAUCAAAACGAAUGGAUGAGGCUCUUGAAGAGUACGAGGAGCAAUUAAAAUUAUGUGAAAUAUUGAAUGACCCACUGAACACAGCAGUCGCUCACAGAAUGAUUGGUGAAAUCCAUACUGAUUGCGGUAACUAUGAAGAGGCUUUAUCACAUUUGAGUAAGUACUUACAAGGUGUAAAAGAAACUAAAAAUUUAAUUGAACAGCAACGAGCUUACGCUACAUUGGGAAGGAUGUAUUUUUGUAUGAGCGAAGCUUGUGAAAAAACGGGAAGCGAACAGGAGCCUUUGGCUGCUGCUAAAAGAGCUUACAGCAAGAGUUUAAAAUUGUGCGAUAAAUUGGAAGAAAAUAAGGACAUUAAGGAGGUGGAGGUGAUGAUGAUGCGCGCCAGGUUACUGUUAAAUUUAGGAUUGGUUUUAGAAGUCCAGAAAAAGCUUGACGAAGCUAUCGAGUUAAUUGAAAAGGCUGCUCAGCUUUGUGAGAAGCAUAAGUUGAAUGAAGAUCUUUAUAGAAUUCAUAUUGCUCUAGCUGCUGUUCAUGAGCGCCAAGAAAAUUAUGAUGAUGCAUUAAAUCAGUAUGAUUUGGCAAUUAAAUUAGCUCAUGAGCCUGAAAAAAAAGCUUCUGCACGGAUUAGCCGAGCUGAGUUGCUGAUAAAAAUGGGUGAAUGGUCCGAAGCACGGCAAAUUCUUGUUUCACUUUAUGUUAAUAGAAAAAAAGUGUCGUCAUUGACUUCAACUAUAGAAAAGUUAUUAAGAAUAGUUGUAGUAAUUGAUAAAUAUGAGCUUGACUUACGUGCAGAAGAAGACAAUGAAAAGCGGAUGACUUUAUAUGAAAAUUUGGGAGAUGCAGCGUCUGCUGGUGGUUUUUAUGAAAAAGCUGUUGAAUUUUAUAAAGGUAUGCUAUUGUGUGCUGAAAAAAAACCUGGUGAUAAUCGAAGUAACGUAAGCGCUGCUUUGGUAAGUCUGGCACGAACGCUCAAAGAUGCUAAGCAGUUUGAAGAGGCAUGUAUUUAUGCUAGAUCAGAACUCAAACUUUGCAAUGAAAAUUAUCGAGAAGCCUGUCGAUCAGCCUUGUUUCUCGCAGAACUGCUUAGUAGCAUCAAACACACGCCAAUCAUUGAGUCAGAGACACGGGAGGCUUAUCAAUUAGCGCUAACUAAUGCAUCUAAAUCAUCAGAUCAACGGUUGAAGCUUGCUGUACUGGAAGAAAUGCAAGCGUAUUAUAAUGAAAUAGACUCUACUAAGGAAGCUUCAGAGAUAAAUGGUGAAAUAGAGACAUUAAGGGCAUCGAUAAUUGAUUAUGAGUCUCCAAUUAUUAGCGAGGGGGAAGAAAAUAAUGAUAUAGGCAAGGAUAUUGAUUUAGAUGAAUUGUCAGACGUUGAAGUUGAGCUGCAGAAGGAAGAUAAAUCAAAAGGGUCUCGUCGUUCUUCUAGACGUGGAUUUGUUAUUAAAAGAAAUGAGAAAGGAGAAACUAAACUUCAUGUUGCUUGUAUUAAUAAUAAUAUACAAGAAGUUGUUAAUCUUUUGGCAGCUGGACAUCCUGUUGAUGUGAGGGAUAAUAUGGGGUGGACUCCACUCCACGAGGCUGCUAAUUACGGUCACAUUGAAAUAGUUCAGCUAUUAAUAGAUCACGGUGCUAAUGUAAAUGACCCGGGUGGUCCACAGUGUGGCAAUAUUACGCCACUUCACGAUGCUGCUUCUUGUGGGCAUUUUUCUGUGAUGAAUUUAUUGAUCAAACAUGGUGCGAAUGUUACUUUGAAGACUAAAGAAGGUGAAUCGAUACUAGAUAUCUUUGAAACUUGGCGUAGCCGUUUGGAGGAUGAUCGUAAAAAAGGAAACGUUGACUGGACGGACGAUGAUGAACAGGAGUAUCAAUUCAUUCGUGACAGAUUGCGUCGUGUUUUACCAACAAAACCUAGCAAGGCUAUUAACGAGCCCUUAAUUGACGAAGAUAUUUGUUCCCAAGCUACUGUAGACUUCAAAGAAGAUGAAUUUUGUAAAAAAGCAUCUCCGAAAAAAAUUUCUGCUGGUGAGGAUUACCGGAGAACGAUUGAAAGUUUGAAGAAUCGGAAUUAUUUAAAUCAAUCGUAUGAGUCGGCUAGCUCUAAAACAGUUAACAGCAAAGUUACACCAUUAAUUGAUAGUGAGCAACAGCUGGUUGACGACUGGCUUGAAGAUGAUUUAUCUACACCUGCGACUUCCAGUAGUUUAAAACGAGCUAGCAGUGAUGAAGUUGUCAAUCCAAUUUCCAAGAGAAUGUCCUUUAAUUCUAGUUCUAUUACUGUAUCUGAUGAUGAAGGAGAUGGAGAUAUAAAUUAUCGGGAUGAUAAUUCUAAUAGUAAUUAUAUUGAUGAUGAAGAUGAUGAUGAUGAUGAAGAUAUUUUUGAAAAAAAGAGCCUGACUAAAGGUGUGAGAAGAUACAAAAGUGCUUCAGAUACUAUUAGUAAUAAAAGUAAUAAAGUAAAUAAAAAUAUUUCACGAAGUCAGCCGAAAAAAGUAAAUCAAAGUAAAAAUAAUCAAAAGACAUUAUUUGUAACAGGCUUUACUAAAAAUACUUCCCAAAUAAACCAGUUGUCAAUACAGAAGUUCACAAACGAUGUAGAUACUAUAAAAAAAUCUAGCUUAAAUAUUGAAUCGAUAAAUUUCAAAAUAAUUAUCGAAAAUAUGACAAUUAAUUUAAAAUUGAAACGUCCAGAUGAAAGUAAUUAUUUGUAUAAUAAUUUAAUAAAUGAUAUUACGAAACAUAUCAAUCAAAAUACUGGUUGCAUUGCUAAAUUAAUUCUAACUACUGGUAAUGAUGAAGAAUUACAGCCUGAAAAUUUAUUAAAUUUAGUUUAUACUAAUCAAAAUGAUUUUAUAUGUCUUUAUGGGCAAAUCAUUGAUCUCGUUGUGCCAAAAAUAAGUGCGAGAUACAAAACAAUUUGCUCAGCAAUGGAUAUACGUGUAAAUAGUGAUUCAAAGCAAUUAAAAUCAUUACGGGCUUGUGAAGAUUCAGAAAUAUUACGUCUAAAAGGUGAAGAUGAAGAUAUUGAAAUGAUAGCAUUACUCAAGAGUCUUGAGUAUGAAAAAAAUCUUAAAGUACUAGAACUAUCAUCAUGCAGCUUGUUCGGUCAUGGUGAAUUACUUAAUUACACAUUGAACCAAUUGAAACAACUACAAGAGUUACAUUUAUCUGGUUGUGAUAUUGACUCUGAAUGUAUUAAAAAAUUAGAUAGUCUUCCGUUACAAUUACGAAUUUUAAAUUUAAGUUGUAAUCCAUUAAAUACUGAAUCACAAACUAAGCUGCGCGAUUUGAUUACAUCACUGUACUGCUUGCAGGACUUGAAUUUACAUAAUUGUAAAUUGAAGAAGCUUGAAUUUAAUUCCACAAACACAAUAAGUGCGAACUUAGUUAGCUUAGAUUUAUCGUGGAAUAAAAUGUAUGAUAAUGAAGUUGAUUAUUUACUGCAAAGACAAUUAGUUAAUUUAAAUUUAUCUCAAACUACAAGAUUUCCUAUCGUAAAUAAUGAAAUAAAUCUAAUGGCUUACGCAACCUUGGAGAAUUUAGAGCUUGCUGGUUGUAAUUUAACAGACUCGGAUGUUAUUCAAUUACUGACCAAUUGUAGAAAUUUAUCUAAAAUCAUUUUAAAUAAUAAUUCUCAAGUAACGUCAAUUGCUUUAGAAUCUUUGUUGGCUUAUAAACCGACGCUCAGUUUAAUCGAUACAACUGGAUGUCAAAAAAUAGAUAAUUUUCCAAAUUAUGAUCUAAUAAUCGAUGAUCCAUCAGUUUGUACUCUAAAAACUAGUAUGACAUCAGAUGUUUGUGAGUCUUGGGAAAAAUUGUGGUACGGGCGUGCUAAACAAUUUAAAAUGCCUCAUGACAUAGUUAUUUUCAAACCAUUUUACUGAUUAUAAAAAUAUUUAUUAAUUUAUUUAUUCACAGUUAAUUUUUAAAAUAAAUACCUAAAUAAAUUAAUUUUCAACGUGAUUAUGACUUUAAUGUAAAUAUGUAUAUUUUAUUACCAAUUUUGCAGUGUAAUUUUGAUACUUUAAUAUAGUUUUUAUCUAAAUCUUUAAU